AAACACAUCGUUUGUUUCAACAUCACUGUCACUGCAGAGUGCUGAGUGAGUAUCCAGUGCGGUGAGCUUGAGAAAUCCAGUGCAACAUUCUGAGAAAAGAUGCCCAGGAUGAGACAAGUUCGCCAGAGGUUGAAUUUCAAUACCGGUGAUGAAGACAGAGGAAUCUCAGAGGAGAUGAGUUUUUUGCCACUCCUCACAAACAGUCCAGAAUGUAAAGAACACGAAAAGAACCUAAAUGAAGACUUUUUGAGCUCUGUACGAUCCCCUGCACCGCUCACAGCCAACCUGAGAGAUACAGAGACGCAGAGAAGCUCCUCGGAUAUCUCACACAGAGACACAUCUCCAUCACAGCAGUGUCUGAGCUCCAUCAGAACAUCUUACAAUUCGAAAAGAGAUGAUGCUGUGCAGAAGAGAGAAAACCUGCACUCGCCCGUCAUGCCGAAAUCAGAACUGAAGAGACGAGGGAUUAAUAUAAACCCCUUCACUCCAGACUCACUUCUCAUCCAGGCCGUGAGCGUAGAGAGAUUCCGCAGUAACCGAGAACAUCAAGACUCAUGCGAAGACUUUGAAGAAGAAUUCACUCCUCCAUUAAAGAGAAAGAACGUUGUGGUGAGUCAAACAUCUCGCUACACAUCUGAAUUCUACGAACUGGAGACAAUCGCCUCUGGAGAGUUUGGGGCCGUUUUCAAGUGUGUGAAAAGACUCGAUGGCUGUGUUUAUGCGGUCAAGCGCUUCAGGUCGCUGUUAGCGGGUUCUGUGGACGAGCAGAAAGCUUUACGCGAGGUGUACGCGCACGCCGUGUUGGGACAGCACCCCCAUGUGGUGAGGUAUUACUCUGCCUGGUCAGAGGAUGAACACAUGCUGAUCCAGAAUGAGUACUGCAACGGAGGAACGCUCGAGCACCUCGUCAUGGAGAACCGGAGAACACUGAAGUUCCACUCUGAAGCUCAGCUGAAGGAUCUGCUUCUGCAAGUCUCCCGGGGUUUGAAGUACAUCCAUGCAGCUUCUCUCGCUCACAUGGACAUCAAGCCAAGUAACAUAUUUCUGUCAAGAAGAGCCGCCGGUCAUGACGCAGGAGCCAAUGGAACAGAUGCAGAUGUUGUAUACAAAAUAGGAAAUCUUGGUCAUGUGACUCGCAUAAGCAGCCCAAGAAUUGAUGAGGGAGACAGAAGAUUUUUAGCCAAUGAGAUCCUACAAGAGGACUACAGGAAUCUACCUAAAGCAGAUAUCUUUGCGCUGGCGCUCACCGUACUAACCACCUGUGGGUCAGAAGUGCUCCUGAGGAAUGGGGAAAAGUGGCACAGCAUACGCAGAGGGAAACUCCCAGCUGUAGCUCGAGUGCUUUCAGAAGAAUUUCAACAAUUACUCAAGCUCAUGAUUCAUCCGGACCCCGAGCGUAGACCUUCAUCCUCAGCCCUCAGUAAACAUGCCCUCCUCCAGCCUGCCUCCAGACUGAGUGCCCACCUCCUGCGUGAGCAGCUUCAUGCACAGAAGUUCAGAAAUGAACUGCUACUGAAAGAGCUGAACGAGAUCCAGUCAGCCAAAGAAGCUGCAGAACCGAGCAUCUCUUACAGGACCAUGACCUCCUCCAGGGGAAAUAAGUGUAACAGAAUGUCAGAACCAGUCAGGAAAAAGAUAAAGCGCUCACUCAGCUUAAACUUCUUCUGAAAUAAUUGGAGGAUGUUGAAUGUAUUUGAAAUGUAAAUAAAAGUCAGUGGUGGCUCAAGUGGUUAAGGUUGCUAAAAGGAAGAUUGGGGUUCAAGCCCCAGCACUGCUAACCCUCUCUGCUCCAGGGGUGCUAUACGGUGCCUGACCCUGACGACUGGAUCAGAGAAUCUCCAAAACUGCAGCUCUUGUGGGGUGUUCCCGGUCUGCAGUGGUCAGUAUCUAUCAAAAGUAGUCCAAGGAAGGAACAGUGGUGAACCGGUUACAGGGUCAUGAGCAGCCAAGGCUCACUGAUGCACGUGGGGAGUGAAGGCUGGCCCGUGUGAUCCGAUCUACUGUUGUUCAAAUUGCUGAAGAAGUUAAUGCUGGUUCUGAUAGAAAGGUGUCAGAAUAUACCAACACAAUAUUAGGCAGGUGGUCAUAAUGUUAUGCCUGAUCAGUGUAUGUAGUGUAUAUACACACUAACAGACAUACAGUAUAUAUACAUCUAUAUCUAUAUAUAAAUACAUAUAAAAUAAUUAGUGUAUUUUUUUCAUUAAUGUUUUUUAUUUAUUAGUUGUCAAUUUCAUUUCCUUUAUUUUUUAUUCAGUUUAAUUGGAAGGCAGUACUACUGUGAGACUUCACAAUUGUCAUAUUGUGACCUACUGUAUUUAAGCAGCACUUGAAUAAAACCGUUGCACAACCUGCUGCUGAAUGUUUCAGAGAAAUGAAUGGAGUUUGUUUUUUUAACGUUUAUAAUAGACACUCCUUCAUGGGGAAAGGAUUUUAUCUGUGCAAUCUCAAUUUUGUUUGCG